UGUUGCAGGAUAACAUAGGAAGGGCUUCGUGAAACAUAAUUUCCGUUAUGUGUUGUUUGACAGUCAGUGACGAUUGACGGGAGUCCCUCAGUUCAGUGGCCGUUGAUGGACCAUCCCUAUGAAGAGGCGGGGUUAGAAUGGGACAGAGUACCUCGGAACAAGAGGUCCAAGGAGACCCCUCCGAGGAAGGGUUUGAUAAUAUCAAGACAUUUGUGGAGGAGGAGCUGCAGACAAGCAUGAUGGUGGGGAUGGUGAUUGGCGCAGGCAUCGCCAUAGUCCUCAUCGCCAUCCUCAUCUUCUUCAUCCUGCGGAGGAUCCAUCUUCGAAACCUAGAAGCCCAGGAAGCGCCCAAAUACCGCUUCCGCAAAAGGGACAAAGUCAUGUUCUAUGGGCGAAAGAUCAUGCGUAAGGUCUCUCAGUCUACCUCUUCCCUCGUGGGUACAUCCUCUUCUUCUCGUCCACGCCUAAAAAAGAAGCAGAAGAUGCUCAACAUUGCCAAAAAGAUUCUGCGCUUUAAGAAGGAGGUACCCACCCUGCAGGCCAAGGAGCCCCCUCCCUCAGUGCUGGAGGCUGACCUCACAGAGUUUGAUGUGGCCAACUCCCACCUGCCUUCUGAAGUGCUCUACAUGCUCAAAAACGUCCGUGUGCUGGGUCACUUUGAGAAGCCGUUGUUCUUGGAGCUGUGCAAACACAUGGUGUUUGUGCAGUUCCAGCAGGGGGAGUACGUCUUCAGACCAGGCCUGCCUGACAGCAGCAUCUACGUGGUGCAGGACGGAAAACUAGAAUUGUGCCUUACUGGAACGGAUGGCAAAGAAAGUGUGGUGAAGGAAGUUUACCCUGGGGACAGCGUCCACAGCCUCCUCAGCAUCCUGGACGUCAUCACGGGCCACCAGAAGCCAUACAAGACGGUGUCUGCACGGGCAGCUGAGGUUUCCACUGUCCUCCGUCUACCUGUAGAGGCCUUCCUCUCCAUAUUCGAGAAGUACCCAGAGAGCCUUGUGCGAGUGGUACAGAUCAUCAUGGUUCGUCUCCAAAGAGUAACUGUCCUGGCCCUGCACAACUACUUGGGGCUCACCAAUGAGCUCUUCAGCCAUGAGAUGCAGCCCAUGCGUGUGCCACCCCUGUCCCCCCACCCGGCUCGUCCAUCCACCAGUCCCAUCCGCCAUGGCAAACGCUUCGGCAGCCUGACGGUACCUGAGGAGCAUAGGGAAGCUGCCGUUAAGGGUGAACCCUCAGGAGGGGAACAAGGAAAGGAUGGAGCAUCAGUGCCAACUCUUAGCAGGACCAUCUCCAUGCCAGUGGACAUCGCUGGCAUACAGAAAAGCCUGAGAUCAGACUUUGACAUGGCGUACGAGAGAGGACGCAUCUCUGUUUCAGCAGAGGAAAGCAACACCCCUCCCACCUUCACACGGUCUGUGUCUCAGGACCAGCGGGAGAGGAGAGUGACAGUGGACGAGGUUCCCUCCGGGGUCUACUUGUAUCCGGAAGAGGAGCCAGGGGUGGACAGUAUUUUUGCACCUCUGCCGGGUCGGCCCAGCGCUGCUCUGUUUGAGGAGGCCCAGAAAGAAAUCCUAAAACUCAUGAGGAUCGAGGACCCAGCCUUGUUAAAUGGGAGAGUGACUCUGCACCAUGCCAAAGCUGGAGCUGUCCUAGCCAGGCAGGGAGACCAGGACGUGAGUCUGCACUUUGUCCUGUCUGGCUGUCUUCAUGUCUACCAACGCAUGAUUGACAAGCAGGAAGCGGUCUGUCUAUUUGUGACCCAGCCGGGCGAGAUGGUGGGCCAGCUGGCCGUGCUCACAGGAGAGCCCCUCAUCUUCACCGUCAAGGCCAUGAGAGACUGUACUUUCCUCAAGAUCUCAAAGUCGGACUUCUAUGAGAUCAUGAGGGAACAGCCCAGUGUGGUCUUGAGUGCAGCCCACACUGUGGCCAUCCGCAUGUCCCCUUUUGUCAGGCAGAUGGACUUUGCUAUCGACUGGAUGGCAGUGGAGGCUGGCAGAGCCCUCUACAGACAGGAUGACCAGUCGGACUGCACCUAUAUCGUUUUGAACGGCCGCCUGCGUUCAGUUAUACGCAAGGCAAACGGCAAGAAAGAACUGGUAGGGGAGUAUGGCAGAGGAGACCUCAUCGGAGUGGUGGAGGCGUUGACCAGACAACCAAGAGCCACCACGGUCCAUGCUGUGAGAGACACAGAGCUGGUCAAACUUCCAGAGGGAACACUAAACAACAUUAAGCGACGAUAUCCUCAGGUGGUGACAAGGUUGAUCCACUUGCUGGGUCAGAAGAUCCUGGGGAACCUGCAGCAGGGUCGUGGGCCAUUUUCAGGUUCAGCGCUGGGUCUGCCCUCUGUGACGACCAGUGCUGACGUCACCAACCCUGCUAGCAACCUCUCCACUGUGGCUGUCCUGCCGGUAUGUGACGAGGUGCCAAUCAACGCUUUCAACCUGGAGCUCAGCCAUGCCCUGAGUGCCAUUGGGCCCACUCUGCUGCUAACCAGUGACAUAAUCAGAGAGCGACUGGGUGCCUCUGCUUUGGACAGUAUCCAUGAGUACCGUCUCUCCGGCUGGCUGGCCCAGCAGGAGGACAUCAAUCGGAUCGUCCUGUACCAGACAGACAGCAGUAUGACCCCCUGGACUCAGCGCUGCAUCCGACAGGCAGACUGCAUCCUCAUUGUGGGCCUGGGGGACCAGGAACCUGCCCUGGGAGAGUUGGAGCAGAUGCUGGAGAACACGGCAGUUCGGGCUCUGAAGCAGCUGGUGCUGCUGCACAGAGAGGACGGGCCAGGCCCCUCCAGGACUGUGGAGUGGCUGAACAUGCGCAGCUGGUGCUCAGGACACCUGCACCUCAAGUGUCCACGCAGGGUCUUCUCCAGACGCAGUCCCACCAGACUGAGGGAGGUAUAUGAGAAGGUGUUUGAGAAGACGGCAGACAGACACAGUGAUUUCUCUCGGCUGGCCCGGGUUCUGACUGGCAACAGCAUUGCCCUGGUGCUGGGUGGAGGGGGAGCCAGAGGCUGCUCUCAUGUGGGUGUGAUCAAGGCCAUGGAGGAAGCAGGGAUUCCCAUUGAUAUAGUGGGUGGAACCUCCAUCGGUUCAUUCAUUGGUGCACUGUAUGCUGAGGAGAGGAGCGCCGUCCGAACCAAGCAGAGGGCUAGAGAGUGGUCCAAGGCAAUGAACUCAGUAUUCAAAACAGUCCUGGACCUGACCUAUCCCAUCACCUCCAUGUUCUCUGGGUCAGCCUUCAACACCAGCAUCUACAAAGUGUUCCAGGACAAGCAAGCUGAGGACCUGUGGCUGCCCUACUUCAACGUCACCACUGACAUCACAGCCUCAGCCAUGCGUGUUCACCAGGAUGGUUGCGUCUGGCGCUAUGUUAGAGCCAGCGCCUCCUACACCCCCUAUUUACCUCCCCUCUGCGAUCCCAAGGAUGGCCACUUGCUUGUGGAUGGUUGCUAUGUUAACAAUGUCCCAGCGGACAUUGCAAGGAACAUGGGUGCCAAAACAGUCAUUGCCAUCGAUGUGGGCAGCCAGGAUGAGACAGACCUCUGUAACUAUGGUGACUGCUUGUCCGGCUGGUGGUUGCUGUGGAAACGGAUCAACCCCUGGGCCGAGAAAGUAAAGGUACCAGACAUGGCAGAGAUCCAGUCUCGGCUGGCCUACGUGUCAUGUGUGCGCCAGCUGGAGGUGGUGAAGAAGAGUGCCUACUGCGAGUACAUCAGGCCUCCCAUUGACCGUUUCAAAACCAUGGACUUUGGCAAGUUUGAUGAGAUCUAUGAUGUGGGAUACCAGCAUGGCAAGCUGCUGUUCACUGGCUGGGCCCGAGGGGACAUCAUUGAGAACAUGCUGAAGGACCACCGUUCAGCCGACUACAAUGACAGCAAGAGGACUGACUCCUGCACGUGUCCAGGAGCUGACUUCACUGACCUUGCAGAGAUUGUAUCCAGGAUAGAGCCAGUCCAAAGCUACGUAGCUGCAGAGGCGGAAGAGUCAGACUGUCUGACAGAGUAUGAAGAAGACGGGAUGGACACAGUGAGAGAGGAGGAGGGGGAGGAGGAAGAGGAAGAGGCUGACGACCCUGAGGACCAGUCCCCUGGAGAGUGGGGCCAGAACGGAGUCUUCCAGACUGAUGAGGAGAAAUCCGUGCGCCAGCGCAGGAAACGCACCGGAGAUUCCAACACCUGCUCUGAGGUGUCUGACUGCUGACAGAGGGCAACAGAGGAGGACAAAGAGAGGGAGAAAAAAGGAGAACAGGGGCCAAACUAUGAGUCCAGAAAUGGUCAAGGACUCGAAGUUUGACGCUCAGCUCUCGCAACUUUUGAAACUCUGAAAGACUUGUGUUUUUCCUUGAGGGAAUCACUUUUGAAUCUUCCCCUGAACUGAUGAACACUCACCUUUGAACGCACAUCAAAGUGGCUUCCACCUGGCUUUUCACACUGGCUUCAGCUCUCCACCCUUCGACGCACGGUCUCCAAUGUAGACCGUCCUUGGAGGUCAAACCCACACGGUGUCCUUCUCCAUUCUCCCUUCACCCACAACCACAACCCCUGCUUGCAACUCUACAAACACCAAACGGGAUUCCCUCAUCCGAGUCACUCGCUCCAUCUCUCAGUUUCAAGUGACCAGGGAGACGCUGCCUGCAUGCCCUGUCUGUCUCUCUGAAUGUUUAUAUAUGUUUCUAAUGUUGAUUCAGCCUCACUGCACUUCAUCACUGAUGAUCAGAGGGUAUUACACGGUCCAUUCAUUUCCUGUGUGUCCGUGUGUUCAGAAGAACACAUGUUUAUGUUGAUGUGCCUGUAAGUAUGUACGUAUGUAUGUAUGUAUGUACUUAUGUAAGCUUUCAGGGCAGAAUGAAGUACUUUUGAGAGGUGGAAAUGUCAUGUUGGAAUAGAGGAAGAGUGACACCGUGUAGAAGCUGUAAAUGAACAGACAGAGAAGUGUAGUUACUAACAGGCAAGGCCAGGUUGUGAGUUAUGUUUUAUGCCAAGUAGGGAGACACGUAGGGAAAGAUGCGGGCAUACAUGUUUCAUGUAGUAACUUAAUGUUGAACGAAUAAUAUUAGAUAUUGUUAGAGAGCAGUGCAUGGGUAGAUUAGAAUUAGGAGGACAAAAUGGGUAAAGAAUUGAAUGGGGAGCUGUUGAAAAGGAAAGAGGAUGAAGUCAAAAUUAAAGUGUGCCGCAGAGGGAAGAAAUAUGAUUAAAAAUAUGAUCAUUUUUAUCCACACAGUAGAGAAAGCUAAAUGUACUGUAAGUAGACUAGAUUGGAUGGAGAAAGGAGGAGUAGGGAUGAAUGAGGUGACUGAAUGCUUGGAUGAGAUUGUCUGUCUGCGUUAGUGAAUUUGUGUGAUCCAGCCAUAUUUUUUUUUUUUUCUUUGAGAGAAAAACGAUGCCUUUUCAACUGGAGUUUGAUCCAUCCACAGUGAACAAUGACUUCGGUGAAGGAGAGCGGAGGAUUUGCCAAUCGACCCAGACAAUACAGCAACAACAGCCUCCAUGUCUUCCUGCUUCCACUUGCAUGGGAUCACACGCGUCAUUCGUGAUUCUUAUGUGUAAUUAAACAUGUCAUUUCCUAGUUUUGGGGAAAAAAAUCACAAUUGAGAGAAACAUACAAAAAGUCUCAAUGCUUGAAAAUGUUAUUAUGAGGAAUAAGCCCUUAGCUGUGGGGCAAUAUGACCCAGAUGACCUUAUACUGUGCAUCAGUGAAAAUCUUCAAAAUCCAAUUAAGAAAUGAAAUUUUUCAAUGGUUCUCAAAUUCACUUCAUGUAACUGAUGCUUGAUUGUGGACCUCUUGUAGAAACUGUAACAGAGCUAUAUUAUAACAUACAUAACGCUGAUAUUCAUAUGUAUAUGAGGAGGAAAUAUGUAAGUUAAUGCUUUGCUGCAAAACACGGGGAUCUACAACUUUAAAAAAAAAAAAAAAAAUCCCCUCUUAAAAUCCAUUCACAUGUUCUGGAUGGUUGCCACUUUUUGCUUUUUGUUUUUUAAUUUAUUUGUGUUACUACUAGCUUUUUAAAAAUGUUCUCUUUUUUUAAUGGGGGGCGGGGCACAUAAAUGAAUAAUAUAACAAAGUGAAUGGUUCUUAUCUUAAUUAGCUUGGCUUUAGCUGUUUUUGCACUGAAAUAUCUGGUAUAAUUCCAUGCUUGGAAGAUGGGAUGUUUUGGUUUAUUUGCCAUCCACCUUGAGAUGCCAAGAGAUACUGAAUAUGUUGUUCUGACUUGAAAAGAGAAAUGUUAAUUUAAUAUGCAUAUUGGAUAAUAAAUAUAAAAUAUAAUAUGCAUCA